UGUAGUCAACAGACAACAGAUAAAUUUUCAAUACCUAUCCAAAACAAAUCUGAUUUUGGCAAGUAAAGCAAACAAUGAAAAUAUCUAUAAUAAAAUAUUAAAAUAUAUUUAUAUAACUUUUUGCUGUAUGCAUAAAAAAGACUUUGAAAAUGAACGAAAUGGACGAUAAGUUCUACUAUGUAUAUAGUUCAUCAUUGGACCACAAAGUUGAAAUUAAAAUAGGUACACUAGAAGGAAAGAGAGCCAAACCUGAAUAUGAUAAGCUGCUCUCUGACCCCAUGCUGAAGUUCUCUGGUCUCUACCAAGAGGGGUGCUCCGAUCUGUUUGUGACCUGCCAAGUGUUAUGUGAUGGAGUGCCUCUGGCACUGCCCGUUACAACCUCUUAUAAAGCUUUCACUAAUCGAUGGAACUGGAAUGAAUGGGUCACUCUACCAGUAUACUACAGUGACUUACCUCGUAAUGCAAUCCUGGCCAUGACAAUAUAUGACUGCGCUGGACCAGGGAAACUAAUGGUGGUCGGUGGCACCACUAUCUCUUUGUUUGGCAAACAUGGCAUGUUGCGACAGGGGAUGUUCGAUUUGCGCGUGUGGCCCGGGGUCGAGGGCAGCGAGAAGACGCCUGGGAAGGCGCCGGACAGGGGCAAGGAGCAGAUGCAGAGGCUGGCCAAGCUGGCCAAGAAACAUCGCAAUGGGCACAUGCCGAAGGUGGACUGGCUCGACAGACUCACGUUCAGAGAGAUUGAAAUGAUCAACGAAAAGGAGAAGAGAAACUCCAAUUAUAUGUACCUCAUGAUCGAGUUCCCAACGGUUCAAAUAGAUGGCGUUGAUCAUGCGGUGGUGUACUAUGAACAAGAUGGCGACGAAAUGUACCAGUUUCGAGCGCAGGCCGAAAUUGUGACCGUGCCUGAUUACGAGAUACUUCAGGAGAACCUGGUGGAGAGCAAGCAGCACCGGCUGGCGCGGUCGGUGCGCGGCGUGGCGCCGGCGCGCGACGCGAAGCCGUCGGCGGGCGAGCGCGACCGCCUCGCCGCGCUGCUGGCCGCGCCGCCCGCGCCGCUCUCCGCCGACGAGCAGGACCUCAUAUGGAAGUACCGAUUUUAUUUAUCGACUCAUCGGAGAGCACUCACGAAGUUCUUGGAAUGCGUCAAUUGGAAUAGACUAGGUGAAGUACGUCAAGCAUUAGCUAUGAUGAAGCAGUGGGCGCCCAUGGAUGUAGAGGAUGCGCUCGAGUUACUGACUCCCAAGUUCACACACCCGGCUGUGAGGAAGUACGCCAUAUCUAGACUACAGCAGGCGCCCGAUGAAGACCUGCUGUUGUAUUUAUUGCAAUUAGUGCAAGCGUUAAAGUAUGAAGAUUUUCUUGAAAUACAUGAGGAGUACGUGCGUGUGUGCGGGAAAGAGUUGGCGAUAUCGUCUGAGGGAGAGGUCCGACCGCAGCAGCGCGGCAGCCAGACCACGUUGCUGUCUGCGUCUGGACUGACAGUGAGUGAGAUGACAACAUCGACGAGCAGCCGUCAUUCAGACACAGCGGAGGAGGGCGCAGCCUCCGACACAGCUGUACAAACACUAGAGGAUAGUGCUGAAUUCAGCGCGAGCGAGCCGGCGGAGCAGAGCCUGGCGUCGUUCCUGAUCAGCCGCGCGUGCCACAACAGCGCGCUCGCCAACUACCUGUACUGGUACCUGCUGGUGGAGUGCGAGGACGGCGACGCGCCGCGCCCGCUGCCCACGCGCGGCAUGUACCUCGCCGUCAUGCGCACCUUCUCGCACCGCCUGGCCACCGGCAGCUGCGCGCAGCAGCGCACGCGCACGUUCCUGGCGCGGCAGCAGGUGUUCAUCGACAAGCUGGUGCGGCUGGUGAAGAGCGUGGCGCGCGAGAGCGGCUCGCGCGCGCGCAAGGCCGAGCGCCUGCAGCUGCUGCUGGCCGACGCCGACCACUUCAAGUUCAACUUCGCCAACUUCGAGCCCAUGCCCUUCCCGCUCGACCCCACCGUCACCAUCAAGGGUAUAGUAGCAAAGAAGGCGAGUUUAUUCAAGUCGGCGCUAAUGCCGUGCAAGCUGACGUUCCUCACGACGGAGGGCAGCGAGUACGAGGCCAUCUUCAAGCAUGGUGACGAUCUGCGGCAGGACCAGCUGAUCCUGCAGAUGAUUACACUGAUGGAUAAACUCUUGAGGAGAGAGAACCUGGACCUGAAGCUGACCCCGUACAAGGUGCUGGCGACCAGCUCGAAGCACGGCUUCCUGCAGUUCGUGGAGUCGGUGACGGUCGCCGAGGCGCUGGCCAGCGAGGGCAGCAUCCAGAACUUCUUCCGCAAGCACAGCGCGUGCGACAACGCGCCAUACGGCAUCCGCCCCGAGACCAUGGAUACUUACAUCCGCAGCUGCGCCGGCUACUGCGUCAUCACCUACCUGCUGGGCGUGGGCGACCGCCACCUGGACAACCUGCUGCUGACGAAGUCCGGGGCGCUGUUCCACAUCGACUUCGGCUACAUCCUGGGCCGGGACCCGAAGCCGCUGCCGCCGCCGAUGAAGCUCAGCAAGGAGAUGGUGGAGGCCAUGGGCGGCGUGCACUCGGACCACUACCACGAGUUCCGGAAACAAUGCUACACGGCGUUCCUGCACCUGCGCAGACACGCGAACUUGAUGCUGAACCUGUUCUCGCUGAUGGUGGACGCGUCGGUGCCGGACAUCGCGCUGGAGCCGGACAAGGCGGUCAAGAAGGUGCAGGACAAGCUGCGCUUGGACCUAGGCGACGAAGAAGCAGUACAUUAUCUGCAGAACCUUCUAGACUUAUCCGUUACAGCGGUGAUGGCCGCGCUCGUCGAACACUUCCACAAGUUUGCGCAGUACUGGCGCAAGUAGAAUGAUUAAAAGAAAGAAUAUUUAUUGUGUCUACUUGUAUCGAACACGGGUCGCUUGCACCCAACGCAAGUCAGUGACACCCAAUGCAAGUCAGUGA